AUGUUGGGACUUGCUGAGGGACUGUUCCUAGUUCUGAUUGUCACUCAGUUCAUCCUUGGAAACCUGGGGAAUGGUUUUAUCGGGUUGGUCAAUGGUAGCAGCUGGUUCAAGAACAAGAAAAUUUCUUUGUCUGACUUCAUCAUCACCAGCCUAGCCCUGUCCAGGAUCAUUCUGCUGUGGAUUAUCUUGAUUGAUGGUGUUUUAAUAGUAUUCUCUUAUGAAAUACGUAAUUCAGGAACAGUAAUGCAACUUAUUGAUAUUUUCUGGACAUUUACAAACCACCUGAGCAUUUGGCUUAUCACCUGCCUUGGUGUUCUCUAUUGCCUGAAAAUUUCCAGUUUCUCCCACUGCACAUUCCUCUGGCUCAAGUGGAGAGUUUCCAGGGUGGUUCUGGGGAUGAUGUUGGGUGCACUGCUCUUAUCCUGUGGCAGUACUAUAUCUCUGAUCAACGAGUUUAAGGUCUAUUCUGUCCUCAGUGGAAUUGGUGGCACAGAGAAUGUUACUGAACACUUCAGAAAGAAGAGAAGUGAAUAUGAUCUGAUCCAUGUUCUUGGGAAUCUGUGGAACUUCCCUCCCUUAAUUGUGUCCCUGGCCUCCUACUUUCUGCUCCUCAUCUCUCUGGGGAGGCACACACGGCAGAUGCAGCGCAAUGGUGCCAGCUCCAAAGAUCAAAGCACUGAGGCCCACAAGAGGGCCAUCAGAAUCAUCUUCUCUUUCCUUUUAUUUUUCCUACUUUACUUUGUUUCCUUUUUAAUUUUGUCAUCUAGUCGCUUUUUACCAGGAACUAAGGUGGCUAACAUGAUUGGUGAAGUCAUUACAAUGUUCUAUCCUGUUGGCCACUCAUUUAUUCUCAUUUUGGGGAACAACAAGCUGAAACAGAUCAUUGUGGCAAUGCUCCCAUGUGCAUGUGGUCAUAAGAAGCCUGGAUCUAAAGGAUGCUUUUCCCCAUAG